CUCCAGGAAAAUUCCCACGGCCUGAUGCGUAUCACGACGUCUUGGACCUUCUAUGCUCGGACGAAGCGUGUUCCCUUUGGCUUUCACCGGAAAGAGACAAUUUGUUCGUCUGGUGCUGGAUAUCCAUCAAGUAUCACAAAGUCUUAGGCAUUCAACAAUCCAACCUCUGAACCGCCGCACGGCCCCACGUCGGUGGGCUGCUUCAACAUCCGUGACCUCUUCGCCAAAUGACCCGGCCGAUUAUGAGGCAAAUAAAGCUCUUGAAGCCGGUACAAAGUUGCUUGAAGAAGGAGACGUGGACGGCGCAAAGGCCAUGUAUAAACGAAGCGUUGAUAUAAAACGAACUGCUAGCGCGUUGUUCAAUCUGGGAGUCACAUACUAUCAUUCGAAGGAGUAUCCUGAAGCAAUAGGCGCUUGGGAGGAAAGCAUCAGCUUACAGCCGUCGAGUCCAGAUGCACACACAAACUUAGCAAGUGCCUAUAUUAUGUCACCUGUUUCGAGGCCUGACCUUGCGCUCAAACAUCUGAGGACUGCAUCCUCCCUCUCCCCGGACGAUCCUGAGAUUUCCUUCAAUCUGGCUGCUGUUCUCGAAGCUUGCGGUUUCUUGGAGGAAGCCUUAGAUCAUUACAAACGUAGCAAGGAAAACGGUGUUGAGCGAGCAGGCGUUCACAUCAGAAACGUUAGCGCAAAAAUCUUGGGGAAGAGAAUGAAGGAGGCUGCUGGUGGCGAUCAGCGCGAUGAGUAGAUCUACUGAUACCAUUAUAGGUUUCAGGCCUUCCGCAACACAGCUGCAGUUGUGAUGAACCCUUGAUCAUCAUUAUUUUGUGCUCAAUCAUAAAAUUAUUCAAUGAUACGAUAAAGUCGGUUCGUCCGUACACCAGAAGUUUCCAAAAACUGUUUAAGGACAUCUAAACCUUCCUCUACCCCGGUAUCAUCUCGG